UUUUGGGAGGUGAUUUCAGAUGAACAUGGUAUCGAUCCUACGGGCACUUAUCAUGGAGACUCGGAUCUCCAGCUGGAACGGAUCAAUGUUUAUUACAACGAGGCUUCUGGGCCGAAAUACGUGCCGCGUGCCAUCCUCGUCGAUUUAGAACCUGGCACCAUGGAUUCUGUACGUUCGGGAUCAUUCGGGCAGAUCUUCAGACCAGACAACUACGUCUUUGGUCAGAGCGGCGCUGGCAACAACUGGGCCAAGGGUCACUAUACCGAGGGUGCCGAGCUGGUUGAUUCGGUACUCGAUGUAGUGAGAAAAGAAGCCGAAAGCUGCGACUGCUUGCAAGGAUUUCAGCUCACGCACUCGUUGGGUGGUGGUACUGGAUCCGGAAUGGGCACUCUGCUCAUCUCGAAGAUACGAGAAGAGUAUCCGGACAGGAUAAUGAGCACCUUCUCCGUGGUACCGUCUCCCAAAGUUUCUGAUACCGUUGUGGAACCUUAUAAUGCUACUCUUUCGGUUCAUCAAUUGGUGGAGAACACCGAUCAAGCAUAUUGCAUCGAUAAUGAAGCGCUCUACGAUAUUUGCUUCCGUACAUUGAAGCUGACUACUCCUACGUACGGUGAUUUGAAUCAUCUCGUGUCAGCUACUAUGUCUGGUGUAACAACUUGUCUAAGAUUUCCAGGUCAGCUAAACGCAGACUUAAGAAAACUCGCGGUGAACAUGGUGCCGUUUCCCCGUCUUCACUUCUUCAUGCCAGGUUUCGCGCCCCUUACAUCUCGAGGAAGCCAACAAUAUCGAGCUCUCACCGUGCCGGAGCUCACGCAGCAGAUGUUCGAUGCGAAGAACAUGAUGGCAGCCUGCGAUCCACGCCAUGGUCGUUAUCUCACUGUGGCAGCCGUCUUCCGCGGCAGAAUGUCAAUGAAGGAGGUGGACGAGCAAAUGCUCAACAUUCAGAACAAGAAUAGCACGUACUUCGUCGAGUGGAUACCGAACAACGUGAAAACGGCGGUAUGCGACAUUCCGCCCCGCGGCCUCAAAAUGUCCGCCACUUUCAUCGGCAACUCCACAGCCAUCCAGGAGCUGUUCAAGAGAAUCUCUGAACAAUUCACCGCGAUGUUUAGGAGAAAGGCCUUUCUCCACUGGUACACUGGCGAGGGCAUGGACGAAUUGGAGUUCAAUGAGGCGGAAUCGAACAUGAACGACUUAGUGUCGGAAUAUCAGCAGUAUCAAGAAGCGUCGGCGGAGGACGAUGAAGAAGUAGAUGAAGAAGAAAUGGAGAAAUAGAGCAGAAAGGGAUUUUUAAAACGGAGGAUCGU